CCGCCCACCCCAGCUGGCCCGCGCAGCACCCUGGCUUUGCAAAGUGGUGGAAGGGUCACCCGUGGACGGUGGGCGGCUUCUUCAGGGGUCGCGGGCGCCGCGAUGCCGGGGAAAAUGGAGAUGCCGAGCCGGGACGAAGCUCCGCCGGGCAGAUCUGAAGCCAUCGUAGUGCAAGCUGUCCAUGCCGUCAAUAACAACCCAACAUAUCCCCCAUUUCCUGAAGGAAUGCAAAUGGCAAUAUUUGGCAUGGGAUGUUUCUGGGGAGCAGAAAAAAUGUUUUGGAAACUGUCGGGAGUCUUCUCCACACAGGUGGGGUUCUCAGGAGGCUUCACCCCCAAUCCUACCUACCGAGAAGUCUGCAGCGGGAUGACCGGACAUGCGGAGGUAGUCCGUGUAGUGUUUGACCCACAGAAGAUCAGCUAUGAAAAGCUCCUCCGAUUCUUCUGGGAGAACCACGAUCCAACCCAAGGAAUGAAGCAGUACGAAGACUUUGGCACACAAUAUCGCUCGGCCAUCUACACUAUCGGAGCAGAACAACUGGAAUCUGCUUUAAGAUCCAAGGCAAUGUAUGAACAGGAGUUGGCUAAGAAGCAACUAGGACCAAUAACAACUGAGAUUCAAGCGGCCGGCGAAUUCUAUUAUGCUGAAGAUUACCACCAGCAAUAUCUGCACAAAAAUCCGGACGGCUUUUGCGGCCUGCAAGGCACUGGUGUGGCCUGUCCCCUAGGCAAAUGAGAGUUCCCCAAUGGGAGUAUCCUUGGGAGCCACGGUAAUCAUAACCCUUGAACAGUUACCAUGGCAACCGGCGGCCUAGCAUCUUCGUAAUUCAACUGUGAUUUAGCAACGGGGGCCUUUGUUCCUUUCUUUUGUGUGUUGUAGGACCCUGUAAGGUUUGGGGAUCAGGGCAAAAAUGGGCAGCCCGCUGGACGAAUUUGCUGCGAAUGUUAAUGCUUUGUGUGGGAGUGAUAGAUAUAAUUUCCAUCCAACCGCAGAUGUUUGGGAUCGCCUGGCAAGGCGCUGAUAAAUACACAUUAUGCAUUUAUCCCUUUCCUCAUUUCUCUACCAUCCCCAAGAAAGCCGAUGGAGCCAACUCUGACUCCUCCAUCUUUGCAGUGAAUUUGGUUAUCCAGCACGGUUAGUCCUCAACUUACAAACACACUUGGGAUCAGAAUAGCCAUUGCUUAAGCAAGGCGGUUGCUAAGUGAAUCUUGCCUGAUUUUACAAUCUUUUGCCGUGGUUGUUAAGCAAAACACUACAAUUAACUGAAUCAUGCAAUUAUUAAGAGAAUCCAGCUUCUACCAGUACCAUUAACUUAAUUGGUUGGAAGCUGGAUGGGAAGGUCCCAUGAAGGUCCCAUCACACAACCCUGGGACACUGCAACCAUCUUAUUAUACAGUAGUGGCCAAAAUUGUGGAAACCUUUUGGGAAAAGUGUAUUUUCUAAAAUUAGCUAAUAACACCACAUUUUUUGGGGGAAUAGUACCAUAAAAUUAUAUAUCAAUGGAAAGAAAAUUUAAUCAAGAAUGCAACGCGAUAACUUUUAUGAAGGAUUUGCUAUUAGCAUAGCAGUUACAACAUAAAGAAGAAAAGUUAAACACGUAGAAAAAAUGAGAUAUACAAAAAUUAUCACCAUGUCAGUUAAUACUUAGUUGGGUAACCUUUAGCAUGAAUUAGGGUCUUACAAUGUCUUCCCAUGGAGCAAAUUGAGUCUUUUAGUUCUGCAGCUGUGAAAAUGUGAAACCAAGAUUGAAUGAUUGCUUCUAUUAACUGGGUUUUAUUGCUGGGUCGCUUCUGACUACCAGAAGCGAUAGUCUUUAGUCGGCUCCGUAGAUUUUCAAUUGGGUUAAGGUCUAGGCUAUUCCCAGGCCAUUCCAGAAGUGGGAUAUGAUUAUCUUGAAAUUCCCCCCCCCAAAAAAAAGUUGUGUUAUUAGCCAUCAAAUCUCAAAAAUACACUUUUCCCAAAAGGUUUCCACAAUUUUGGCCCCUACUGUCUACAUGUCAGUUGCAAGCUUUUGAUCUCGUGACCAUAGGAUUGCUGCAAGAGUUGUAAAUACAAAUACUAAUUAUAAGUCACCUUUUCAGUGCCUUUGUAAUUUUAACUGGUCACUAAACGAAUGGCUGUAAUUCGAGGACCACUGUAUUGGUCCAAACCGACUUCCCUAUCUUGCCCUCUCUUUGGGGCUUAGAGAAAGAAAACUCUGCAGACAAGAACUUUGCUCUUUUGAUCUCCUGAAGGAUUCUAUAUCAGCCGCUUGCAAUGAAAAUCCAGCUUUCACGCUACCCUGAAUCUAUCUCGGCCCAAUGGAUCUUUUGAUACUAAAUUCCUCCACACGAUGCUUAUGAGCUGAACAGAACUGCAGGCGCCCGUUUUGGCGUGGGACAAUUUCCCCACCUCUCUUCAUUUAUUUAUUUUUUUGUACAAAAUGCAUUCAAAUGUCGGUUCUCUUUUUUAGCUGUGUUCGCUUGCUUUUCAGGAAAUGAGAAGUUUUGUGUCCCGCAAGGGGCAAUUCUUUCAGACAACGGGCAAUUGUAAAGAAUUGGCUAGUCUCUGGGGGAAAGCCCUCCUGCAGUGGAGCCGUGGUAGCACGGUGGUUAGAAUGCAGUAUUGCAGGCUAACUAAGUUCACUGCCAGGAGUUUGAUCCUGACCGGCUCAAGGCUGACUCAGCUUUCCAUCUUUCUGAGGUCGGUAAAAUGAGGACCCAGAUUGUUGAGAGCAAAAUGCUGACUCUGUAAACCGCUUAGGGAGGGCUAUAAAGCACUGUGAAGUGGUAUAUAAGUGCUAUUGCUAUUCUGUAAGCCAUUUGGCCAAAAUUCCCACAAAGUGCCUAACUGCCCCCCUGCCAAAUUUUGGACCCUUAUUCUGGUGCUUUAUUGAAGCCAAGAACACUUGGACAAAGAUUAUCCACUGACAGAAUGCCAUGUCUCUUCUAAAGUGCCUUAUAAAGUUGGGGUACCCUCAGAAGUGGGUUUCAGCAGGUUCUGACCAGUUCUGGCAGUGGAAAUUUUGAGUAGUUCGGAGAACCGGUAGUAAAAAUUCUGACUGGCCCCACCCCCAUCUAUUCUCUGCCUCCUGAGUCCCAGCUGAUCGGGAAAAAAAUGGGGAUUUUGCAGUAUCCCUCCCCUGGAGUGGGGUGGGAAUGGAGAUUUUACAGUAUCUUUCCCCUGCCAUGGCCACCAAGCCACGCCUACCAAGCCAUGCCACACCCUCCAAGCCACGCCCACAGAACCAUCUAGUAAAAAUUUUUGAAACCCACCACUGGGUACCCUCCAACUGUCUGGAAUUUCCCAGUCAACAUGACAAUGCUAAGAAUUCUGGGUGUUGGCCCACAUUUCUGGAGAAUACCCAUUCUUUCUAGCCAGCAGACCAAGCCAUACAGCCUAUUCCACACCUAGGAAGUUCCGAUUAGCUCUCUUAUUCUUAAUGAACGUAUUUUUUGAUGCACAUGAGAGCCUACGCACCAAAGACCAAUUCCUUGUGUGUCCAAUCACACUUGGCCAAUAAAGAAUAAUAAAUAGAUAGAUAGAUAGAUAGAUAGAUAGAUAGAUAGAUAGAUAGAUAGAUAGAUAGAUAGAUAGAUAGGCAGGCCGUGGAUGCAGCUAUGUCUACAGGAAUCCACUGGAGUUGUGCAACCAAUAAAUGAAAUAAAUAGGCAUAUUUCAGCGUGAAUACCAGAUUGUGUCCCAAAAUUGUUACUGUGGUGGAAAGAACAUGCCAUCGUGCAGUAGUGGACACCACCAAGUACAGAAAUGAUGGUCUCCACGCAAAGCACCUGUUCUACUUCUUCUGUUAGGCAGAAACAUAUUUUGCACAAAGUCCUUUCCUUCCUCUCAAUGCAGGAAACCACAUCAUUUCACAAAACGGCUUUGAAACAGUGCCAUUCUGGUGAAGUUGAAUUUGGAAGUUAAGCAUCCUUUUAAAGCAGACCGGGUCAUUUUAUAGCCCUCAAGCCUACAUCCAGCCCUCUGGCUCUCCUAUCCAGCCAGCGUGGAUUGCUUUUAUUUUGAAAGCAUUUGCCUUCAAAACUAAUGUACAUGUACAUAGGUGCACGCAUGCCUACACACCAGGGGUGAAAUGCUCCCGGUUCGGACCGGAUCGCCCGAUCCCGUAGCGAUAGUGGCGGGUGGUUCGGAGAACCGGUAGCAAAAAUCCCUGCCCUCCCUGCCCAUGUCCAGCUGAGCCAUGUGAUCAUCAGAGGUGGGUUGUUUUUUUUUACUUUUAAAAGCAUUUUUUCUUCAGCCGAAAAAAUGCUUUUAAAAGUUAAAAAAAAAAGCCUCUGAUGAUCGCACGACUCAGCUGGGA